AUGGGGUCUUGGGCACUGAGAGCUGCGCUGCUGUGUCUGGGCGGUGCCCUUGUGUGCUCCCAGUUCCACUCGCUGCCCCAUAGGGAUGGCCUCAUCCCAGCGCGGGGACAGGCCACCACACAAGAGCCGAAGGCCAAGACCCCGGAAGAGGAAGAACCUGUCACGAAGGAUUGUGGAAUAGCACCACUGAAGGGUGCAAUGGAAGGGUCUCGGAUUAUAGGAGGCACACGAGCUACCAUUGGUGCCUGGCCAUGGCUCGUUAGCCUGCAGGUUCAAGAUGGCAAUUUUCUUGUGCAUAUCUGUGGUGGUGCCUUAGUGAGAGACAGGUGGGUCCUCACGGCCGCCCACUGCACUAAAGAGGCAAGUGACCCUUUCAAGUGGAGAGCAGUGAUCGGAGCCAAUGACCUCUCUCAGAGUAGUACCUACGUCAGGAAUAUACGGGUAGUAGCCAUCGUCAUUCAGCCAGACUUCAUUCUGGAAACUUUCGUAAAUGAUAUCGCACUGUUCCGUUUAAGGAAAGCCGUGAGGUAUAAUGACUAUAUUCAACCUAUUUGUCUACCUUUUGAUGUUUUCCAAAAACUGGACCAAAACACAUCGUGUUUUAUAAGUGGCUGGGGAAGAACCAAAGAAGAAGGCAAUGGUACAAACAUCCUACAAGAAGCGAAAGUGCACUUCAUUUCUCGAGAGAUCUGUAACUCUAAGAUGAGCUAUGGAGGAGUGAUCCCUAACACUUCGUUCUGUGCAGGUCACGAAAAUGGGACUUUUGACACGUGCAGGGGUGACAGCGGUGGACCACUCAUGUGCUAUUUGCCAGAACACAAACGGUAUUUUGUGAUGGGAAUCACCAGUUAUGGACAUGGCUGUGGGCGGAGACAUUUUCCUGGCGUCUACAGUAGCCCAUCCUUCUUCAAGCAGUGGCUCACAGAACAUCUGUCACAGGGAAGUACUACUCGAGUGUUUAAUAUGGACAUGGUGCGCUGUCAGAUCCUUAUGGCCCUGGGCGCCAUCAUCCUCCUAGGAGUUACAUAA